AUGCGGAGUCCGUUACCUUCGACUGUCCUUAUAAACGGUACCACCACUCGGUCUGUCUCUCAGGUCACCUCCCACUCAGCCUCAACGCUCGUCCUUAUGGCUCAAUACGCUGCUGACAGCACCGACGACGAUUCUGAUAUUCUAGAUGACGGAUUGCUGUCUAACGCGAUAGACGAAAGCAGUCCGUUUAAUCUUGAUGAUGUCCCUUCGGCUGUGGAAUCCGACGAUCCUGUACCGCAGGAGGAGGUGUUUCACAGCAUGUUUAUUGCCCGCGAAGGCCAGGAGACAACCGGCCGUACUUGGGAACAGACUCCUGUUUGUACCUUACCUCUGUCAGCCUUCGAGAAAGUCUUUCGCAAGAAGGACAAGGCAACUGCAGCAAAUUUAUUACUGCGUCGCACUAAUCUCCGCGUUGAUCCUCAUCUCACAUUUGCCCCCGAUCAUCCCAGUUUGUUGUGGGACGCGUCGAAACAUUUCCUUGACUUUGUCCUUGUUGUAUCAGGUGCAAUUGGCUUGCAUGUAUUCCUCCCGAACACUAUUUCCGACCACACCUUUUCCGUCUCUCUGGAUUUCCACCUCAAUAACAAACGUUCAAACCCAAGUUUGGAAAGCUUGGUUUUGACCCUACAGGCUCAAUGA